AGCAAAACUUUCCUGAGUUGAGGAGGAUGAAGUGAGAGGCUGGGCGCCAGCAGCUAUAUGACCACUAGGUUGGACAUUACUUCACAUCAUUAUGCUGCUGGCUCUGCUUCUGCUUGUGAGUCUUUGCUCUGACGCUCGAUCCUCUGAGCCAUCAUCAAUAACUAUCCAGUACCGGGUUUGGGAGGAGCAGCCGGCAGGAACCCAGGUCGGCCGUCUGGUGGACGACCUCCGGCAGAGAGACGAAGGCGGUCCUUUGGAGGAUUUCCAGGUGGUGGAGCACGAAAAAGCUCUUCCCUUCGCUGUCAGCACUCGAGAUGGGGUCGUCUCCACCCAAGGCCGGCUGGACAGGGAGGAGCUGUGCCGUGGGUCGGACCUGUGCGAGGUGGCCUUCAGCGUCCUCUACAGGAAAAGCGGUGCUGUCAACUGCCUUCGGGUUCGUGUGGAGGUGAUGGACCAGAAUGACCACAGUCCCAGCUUCCCCAGCACGGUGCAGGAAGUUGAGAUCUCAGAGACAGCGGGCCUCAGGAUGCGAAUCCCUUUGGACCGGGCGGUGGAUCCUGAUGCAGGUCCUAAUGGCCUCCAGACCUACUCGCUGUCUGUCAACCAACACUUCGCUCUGGAUGUGACGGUUGCUCCAGGUGGGACAAAACAGGCAGAGCUGGUGGUGAUCAAAGAACUGGACCGGGAGGUUCAGGCCUCAUUUGACCUUACCUUGGUAGCAUGGGAUAAAGGGAACCCCCCCAGGUCUGGGAGCACAUUAGUCCGUGUAAAUAUUCAGGACUCAAAUGAUAACAGCCCCACAUUUGAGGACAGCACUCCCACUGUUGAGCUACCUGAGAAUACAGCCCGUGGGACAACCAUCAUCAACCUCAAGGCCACUGACCCAGACCAGGGUGCCAAUGGGGAUGUGGAGUAUUUGCUCAGUAAGCACACACAUCCAGAGGUUCAGAAGCUCUUCUUUGUGGAUCCACAAACUGGAGCUGUGAGUCUCAAAGCACCUCUGGACUACGAGGCUCAGUCUUCUUAUGAAGUAAUCAUACAAGCCCGUGAUCGCGGGCCCAAUGCAAUCCCUGCGCACUGCAAACUACAUGUCAAGCUUAAAGAUGUAAAUGAUAACGCACCGAGGAUACACAUGACCUGGACUCCACCCAACUCACCUGUGGCAACUGUGCUGGAAGGAGCAGCAGAGGACACUUUCCUUGCUCUGGUGAUGGUUUCUGAUGCAGAUUCAGGAGAAAAUGGCAAAGUGAAAGCACAAAUUCAGAAAGGAUCUGGCCCCUUCCGCCUUAAACAUAUCCAAGGUGACAAUUACAUGAUUGUUACUACUGGCAGCCUGGAUCGAGAGAGGGUAAUGGAAUAUGACAUUACGGUCAUAGCCCAGGAUUAUGGAGACCCCCCACUGUUUUGUAUUAAAAACCUACUUGUCCGUGUUCUGGAUGAGAAUGACAAUGCUCCUGUGUUCUCCACGUCCGUCUAUGAGACUUCCUUCAAAGAGAACAACAUUGCAGGCUACAAUGCCAUCAAAGUUGAAGCCCACGAUGUUGACUUGGAACUCAGCGGAAGAGUGUCCUACUUCAUACGCAACCUUGAUGAAGUUGAAAAUAACACAGGCGCUUUCUCCAUCCACCAGACCAGUGGUAUCAUAAGCGUCCAGCGUCCCCUGGACUACGAGGAAUCCAACACCUACUCUUUUAUCGUGGAGGCCGUUGACCAGGGUCAUCCACCUCUCACAAGCACGGCCACUGUGCAAAUUGACAUCCAGGAUGUGAACGACAACCACCCGAUCAUCAAGGAGCCAAAACCCAGAAAGGGUGUGGCUUCUCUAAGUGUACCUGUCAAUGCAGACAAGGGGGAGAUUGUGACCGAGUUGGGAAAUGACAUUGAAGAGGGAUCCACCACUUUGCCGAUCAAUCACUCAGUCAGAGAGGGACUGGUUGGAUUUCUUGCAUCCACCAUAAAGGCCGAAGAUCCAGACUCUGGGCUGAACGGACAACUCAGCUACCUCAUCACUGACGGGAACCCCAGUGGACUGUUCUGGUUGGAUCAGGCUACAGGCCAGCUGUUUGUUAACACCACUAACGCUACUGCGCUAAUUGGGAAAACCUUUAAUGUGGACAUUGCGGUAUCUGAUAUGGGCAGUCCAAGCCUGGCCACCAAGGCGACUCUGGAGGUAACUUUCAUCAAUCUGAAAGACCAUCUGAAGAACUCAUCACCCAGUAACCGUGGACAGCUCAGCUUCACCAUGAUGAUGGCGAUCUGCCUGGGUGCCACCUGCCUGCUGCUUCUGUUGGCCGUCGCUUUGGUGACAACAUUCUGCCGCCCAGAGAAACGAGACAACCGGGCUUACAACUGCAGACAAGCCGAAUCAACCUAUACCCGCCACCCACGGCGCCCACAGAAGAACAUCAGGAAGUCUGACAUCCAGCUAAUUCCCGUCAUCAGAGGGCGAAAGGAGGAGCCUUCUGAGGAUGAUAGUGAAGCCCAGCCACUGGCUCCAUCUCCAACCAUGUUAGAAGAUCAACAAACUGAGAGACAGUACACCUUAACGCCAUCUGCCAUGAACACAAGCUUCCAUUCCCAAGGUUACCCAGAAGUGGAUGCCACUCAACCUAUUACCAACCACUGCAGAACGCUUCGGAAACCUGGAAACAUUGAACUCGAUGGCACUUUGCCUCUGACACCCGCCACAUCAUACCAGACUCUUCGGAAAGCCAGGAACCCUUCAUCAUCGUCUUCAGUUUCACAUUCGAGUACUCUGAAGCGCCAGACUCACGCUGAAAGGAAGGAGGCAGAGCCACUGUGUUCAUCAUCCCAGGCGACUCUCAGGAGGCCGAAGACCUCAGAGGGACGAGGCGGGAACGAUGCGGAACAUCGGCAGAUGCUUCGAAACCUUGUUCGACUGUCCAUGGCUGCGUUUGGAGACUCCAUUGAGCUUUCCUCCGCUUCUCCAGAAGUGCAGCAGAUCUCCCAGCUCCUCUCUCUCCUCCGGCAGGGUCAGCUGCAGCCCAGACCCAACUUCAGGGGGAACAAAUAUUCUCAUCGCAACGGCAGAUACGGAGGCCAGGACUGUUCCGAUUGGCAGAGCACUAAAGACAGCGGACACGGUGAGAGCGAGGCUGGAGAUGUGGACUGGGAACCGGGAAGAGACUCACCAAUAGACCCACAGCUGGAGGAGGGGCUUAAUAACCUGCUCAUCAACGCCGAUGACGUUUUCGCGGAGGUCAACGAUCCGGCCUGGAUGGCCAGACUCUCUCUCCCACUCGCCACCGAUUACCACGACAACGUUUUUGUCCCCAAUGGGCCCCCGUCCCCUGAAAGCGAGGUCCUUCCCCGGGACGCCCUGGACUCUUCGUCCUUUUCCACCUUCGGUAAAACGCCGGAGAAGGACGGCCCACUGGGCGGCGCCCUCCUCUCUGAGGUCAGCACACUUUUUGAGAUGCUGAUGACGCAGAAGGCCGACGCCCACCCCGGCCCGCGCCCCGACGUCCUGUACCGACUCUCUGCGGCGUACCGGCGCUCACUGGGCCUGGACGGCAACGCCGCGACUUCGGCAGGCAACGCACCAAAGAACUCUGGGAACGCUGAGAAGAGGUCGGGCCUGGCUCCACCCUCGGGACUUUAUUAAUAAGUCCGUUUAUUGAACACUGGAAAAGACUGAGAGCUGACUGAUGCAGCUCAGACCGGGAAGUUACAGAAAAUGUUUCAUAAGUUUCUGUGUUUGAGGAGUUUGUUGGGAUUUUAGAGGCAUUACGUGAUAAAAUACUUCGAUAUGAUUUAAAUGUUAGUAAUGCCACGAUGAAUCGCUUUUUGUUUUGAAUCAGAAGUUAAAUAGAAAGGUUGUGCCACUUUCAACACUGUGCCAAUAAGAAGACUGAAGGUCUGGAGAUGUUCAGAUAUUCCCAAAUGCACAUUAGCUCUCAGUUCAUUUAAAGUUUCCAAAGAGCGUUAUCAGCAGACACAACUGGACAGACCUACAACCGGUCAGAGCAACGCAACUUGACUCACAACCAACAGCAACGAGUGUGACGUAGCGCUGAGCGACACAUGCAUGCUGGGGUGGUGCUUGGUCCGUUUGGACUGUCCUUCAGAGGCUGUAGCGGGCUCUGAUUUAAAGCUACGGGUAUCAUAGAAAACUAGAUGACCUAACGCAUCCAUUGGUACCAGCCGGGUCAUGCUAGCAUGUUGGGAAGGGGUCAAAAUCACGCUCCAAAGUUAGGCAACAUUUUGGCGAUGGAAAAACUGACAAUAAGUCCUCUUCUCAGUGUUAAACACAGUUGGUGCGUCUCGUCUGUUCGUGUCUUUCCUUGACUUUACGGUUUGUUGCUGCCUCUAAUUUUAAUUUCAUGGACAGAAUUAACAGAAUGUGGAUCACUGAGUCGUUCUCGUGUGAAUUCAGGGAGUAGCUGUCAUCGUCCUCAGAGCAAUUUAUGAAUUCAGACGUGUUGAAAAUGACAGAUCCUGUUAAAAUGGUGCUACAGGACUUAUUGCCAUUAGUAAAUCAGGAAGCAUCACUUCGGUUCAAUCCGGGUUUGAUUAAAAGGAAAUGGAAGGAAUGGAGAAGUGUGGUGGAAGGAUGAGAAAGACAGAGGAGACUGUAAGAGAAACUGGAAGGAAGGCUGAGACAGAUUUAGAAUCAGAAAAGACAACUCAGGUGGAGGAAAAGCAGACAACGGUGUGAGGGAAAACAGGAAGUGAAGGCAGGGUCUUCAAAUCGCUGUAGUAACUAACAUUAAUGGUGAAUCUAAAAGUUGAAAAUGUGUCUGGUUUCCUUGUUGUCUCUCAGCUGGAGGAGUGAAACUCACAUAGAGCAGGAACAGAGGCCAUCCUGUCAGGGCGUAAUAAACGUGGCUGUGGCUAUUUGGCCUGCAGAAAGCAAGCCGGCGACUAGAAGGAAAUGUCGCUUUGUCUUCAAGACUAAACAGAAACCAGAAAGUGUUUAUUGACAGUGGAGCAGCUCAGUCUGAACCUCCCCUGUUCACCCCCUCUGAAAGCUACUGCUUUAGGAUCACUGUUGCUUUUUCAGGUGGAUUUUGGAAUGUGAACGUUUGAAUUAUAUACAUCAAUAACUCUCCAGUUGUCUCUUAAGUUAUUGGUUUAACUUCCAUCCAAAGUUGUCUUAUUUGUAGGGUUUUUUUUCUCACUGUAUUUUGCAAACCAAAUGAACAGCACUUUGUACAUAGUCUUUUUGUAAAACUUUUUGUAUCAAGGAAAUGUUUGUGGAACAUUUUCAUUGUUCAAAGUUGGUUUUGUAACUUUUUAAAAAAAUAAAAGUUGUAUCAUUCAA